CUGAACUCCCAGCAGCAGGCCCUUGACAAGGUCAACUUCGAGAUCAAGCAGCAUUCCGAGAAUGUCGCUCAGCUGAAGGAGCGCAGCCAGAAUCUCGAGGAGAUGAUGGCGAACAUGGACCAGGCCGAUGCGCUUCAAGUCCAGAAGGCCACCCAGGAGUCUGAGCGCAUCCAGUCCUUCUUCGCCUCCAUGAACAAGGAGAUCGAGAAGGCUAAGGACAAGAAGGCAGACCUCGAUGCUCGUAUCGCGCAGCUGAACGUUCAGAAGUACAAGGAAGAGAAGCGCGCGAAGAACCAGGAGCAGGAGGCCCGCUCUGUCGCCAUGGAGGUGGAGCAGGCAACCUCUGAGCUCCAGAGUGUGAAGCAGGAGAUCUCUCAGCUGAACGGCCAGAUCAAGCAGCAGCAGGCCAAGGAAGACAAAGUGCAGACCGAGCUGCAGAAGGAGCAGGCCCGGUAUCAGCAGGAGCUGAAGGAUAGGGCCGUUCGAGACCAGCAGAUCGAUGGUCUCACCAUUGAGCUUGCAGCCAAGAGCAAGGAAGCGUCGAAGCUCGAGGCACAGUACAUCAAGCUUCAGCGCAAGGCCCGGGCCGCCAAGCGCCUCCUGGAGAAGGAGAAAGCCAAGGCUAAAGAGCAGGAGAAAGAGGCCCAAGCUCAGCUCCAGCAGGAGAAGGAGAAAGCAGCAGCACAGGCCCGUGACGAUGCUGCGGAGGUGAAAAAAGUGCAGGAGAUGCUCGCAAAGGAGGCUAAGAUUGCCAAGGAGAGCUUUGCCGAAGAGGUCCAGAAGGUGAAGCAGAGACAUCUGAAGGAG